AUGAGCGCUCUGGUUGUGGGCGUGCUGGCCAGUACAUUUCUAGCGGGAGUGGCUGCAUUUCAGGCAUUUCUUUAUUACCAGCUGUAUCCUGACGACAAGAGAAGGAUAAAAAUACUUGUCGCUGUUGUGUGGUUUCUCGAUAUCACCCAAGAGAUACUCGUCUGCAUAUCCUUGUUUUAUUACGCCGUUCUCCAUCGCAAUGUAGACGCCCUGGCAGACAAUGAGCUGGCUUGGAGCCUCGUAGUUGGAUUUUUCUUCAACGUUAUGAUCACUUCCGUAGUUCAAGGGUUCGUUUUCAAUUCAGCUACGUCUAUUCAAUUCUCUGAAUCAAUCACAGAUAUCUAUCGUACCGCGUGUGGUAUCAUCAAAACGCCCACAAUAUCCUUCAAUGUCACUGGUCUCGCGUUAGGCCUCAUAUAUUCGGCUAAAUGGUAUACGAGUAACAUACAGCCUAUCCGACAUCUCAUUCCAUAUGGUGCACCAGACGAGCGUCAGUUCUUCGGACAGUACAGUCUGUUUCCGGGACGUGUGCUGACAGACAUGGCAUCUCAGACACUUUUCUGUGCAAUGUUCGGCGCGAACCUAGCAUGCGACGUCACCGUGACGGCCGCGUUGAUUGUCAUAUUACAGGCGCGGAGAUGCGAGGGUUCUCUACACAACAGCGUCAUCACACGAAUCAUGUUGCACUCGUUGAACACCGGCUUGUUGACGAGCAUAUGUGCACUAUGUAAUUUGGUCAUCAUGCUGGCGUUGCCAUAUACUGCCAUCGUGCUCGGAACCCACGUCGUCCUUGGUCGCUUGCACUCCAACUCACUUUUCGCAACCCUGAACGUCCGACGAAUGUUUCGCGCACAAAUGUGCCGCGCUCCGGACGUCGAAGACAUCACAUUUCCGAGCUUCCGCCCAAGAUUUAACUCGACAAGCCAAACGUCAUCUUCGUUCGACAGGUCGAAGGGAUCCCUGGUCUCAACCCCCGAAUCGGCGCAUGCGCGAAGGGAGAUGACGUGCAGGGAUUCCCUGAUCGAGUAUGACUACUCAAGAUGGAUGAGCCCCUCCUCUUCCCGAAUAUCAGCGCAAGGGGAGGGGGCGGAUCGACCGCUCACAAAAUGCAAGAAUGGCGAAGUGAAAGGGUCCCCUGUCGAAAUCGAUGAGCACACGAAUGGUUCGGAGCUGGAGAUAAAAGAGGAACAUGCACCAGUCAGGACGUCGACCUUUGCGUCGAGUGUCGAUAAGGAUGUGCCCAGAUGGUAUGGAAGGGACUCGAGGUCCAGUUCCCCGGAAGACUCGUGCCACAAGGGCAACAUCUCUAAGUUUAGUUUCCCCGGGCAGCCUGUGGCUCGAAAGGGAGUUCUGAGCAGCGAAAGUCAUCGAUCUGUGCGGUCCGCCUUUGAUGGGGUAGAGAAACAGGAAACGAUGAGCAACGGCCUCCCUAAGGAAACAAACGGGAGCGAGACGAAUUCAGAAGCGUGA